UCGAAAUUUUCCCCCUUUCCCCCAACAUGCCGAAAUAUCGAUUUGCACUAUUUCUUCUAGUUCUGACAAUUUCCGACUCAAAAGUUGCGGGCUCAGAGCAAAUGGCUUGUACUACGAAGGAGGAGCCAAUUCUGGUGAGCGGCUCGAUCAACAAGGCAUUUACUAUGCAAAUUACUAAUAAAGUGAAGAGCUGUAAUGGGUACUGUGUUAGCAAACUGGUCUCCCUGGACGCAACCAUGGCCGACGGAAAUCAAGCCCACAUUCGAAAUGUGCAUUUUUCAUGCGUUCCUAUCGUGGCGAAGGCGAUCAAAAUGUGCAGUAAAACAUGCACGACGCAGAUCUACAAAAACGAAAAAUCAAGCAAGUCGAUUGAUCGAAGUGUUGGGUCCUUGAAACGAGUUUUGGUCAAAGAGAUUGGGGAUUUUUCUUUCGAGAAAGCCGAGGAGAAAACGUGCUGCUGUAAGGAUGCAAAAUGUGCCCGACGAAUGGAUGCCACGAUGCGUCUGAAUCUCCGUUCCAACUAUAAAAUACAUUAAUUUUCCGAAAAUCAAUCUAAUAAAUCAUUUUUCAAAAUCGA